GUUUCUUGAGGUGGAGAAGUUUAAAGAUCAACUGCUCGAAGCCAACAAACAGACUUACUGGGUGCCGGAUUUUGUAAAGGAUAAACGGUUCCAUAAUUGGCUCGAGAAUGCACGAGACUGGGCUAUCAGCCGGAAUAGGUUUUGGGGAACACCUGUUCCAGUAUGGAUCAGUGAGGACGGGAAGGAAAUAGUAGUUGUUGAUUCUGCUGCGAAGCUGGAAAGGCUUUCUGGAAAGAAGAUUGUUGAUCUCCACCGUGAAUUUGUUGAUUGUGUAACAAUCCCGUCUAGCCGUGGCCCUGAAUUCGGUGUGCUCAAACGGGUCGAAGAU